AUGGGCGUGCCAACACCUAACACAUCGUCUGAAAGCUCGACACCACCGCCAGGCAACCUCGCUUACACCGAUAGGUGCGUCAGAAUCAAGUCGUCGUCGGUCACGGUGGGCGGCUUUGACAUCGAUGAUCCAAGGAUGCAACGAGCCUUUCAGAAUCAAUUAAUUCGGCACGAAGUCAUGAAGGUAGGAGAUUUGGUUGAGAAAUACGCUGCAUUAGCCGCCGAUGAUAAGGUGCAAGAUAGCGACAAGAUUCUGUUUUCGACGUUAGGCACGUGGUUGAGGGCCGAUCUCGCAAAAGCCAUUGCAGCUGUUGCGGACGUGAGUAACCGUCCAGAUGACAACUGA